AUGAACAAUAACAAUAUUUAAUAAGACGGUUAAAAUACAAAAUAAUAAUAACUCUAAAUAUCAGCAGCAACAAAGGAUAGAGUCGAAUCAGCUAAAGCAUAUAUAGAAAGAAAAUACGCAAAAGCAUUAAUAUCAGAAAAAGAAUUUAAAUAAAAUUUAUAGCUUUUAUAAGAAAAGAUGGAUAUAUUAAAUAUGAAUCCUGUUGAAAAAUAAAUAAUAGAAAGAGAAGUUAUAAAAUAAGAACUUUAAUUUAGUAGAAAAAAGAGAUAAAAAAUAACAGCGAAUGAUUAUGAACCUUUAUCAAUAAUAGGAAGAGGUGCUUUUGGAGAAGUUCGAGUAUGUAGAGAUAAAAAAACAGGUUAAAUAGUGGCAAUAAAAAAAAUGAAAAAAUCAGAAAUGCUUUAAAAAAAUUAAAUAAAUCAUGUCAGAGCUGAAAGGGAUAUAUUAGCUACAUUGAACAAUCCAUGGAUAGUAAAUUUGAUUUGUUCGUUUUAAGAUAGUAAUUAUCUUUAUUUAGUAAUGGAAUAUUUAUAAGGAGGAGAUUUAAUGACUUUAUUAAUGAAGAAAGAUAUUUUAACAGAAUAAGAAUCAAGAUUUUAUGCAAGUGAAUUAGUAUUGGCUAUUGAUUCAGUGCAUAAAAUGAAUUAUAUACAUAGAGAUUUAAAACCAGAUAAUAUUUUAAUUGAAAAAAAUGGGCAUAUAAAAUUAUCUGAUUUUGGACUUUGCAAACAUUCAACUAAAAAUAUAUUGAAUAAAGAUUAAAUAUAUUAAUUAGAAGGUACUGUUUAAAAAGAUCCUACAAUUUUACUGACAAAAAGACAUGAAUUAUAUAAAAAAAAUAGAUAAUUAGUAUUUUCUACAGUUGGAACCCCUGAUUAUAUUGCUCCUGAGGUUUUUGGACAAUAAGGAUAUACAGAAUUAGUUGAUUGGUGGAGUUUAGGAGUUAUUUUAUUUGAAAUGUUAGUUGGGUAUCCUCCUUUUUUUUCAGAAUAACCAGCUGAAACUUGUUAAAAAAUUAUUAAUUGGAAAAGUCAUUUUUCAAUUCCAGAGGAGUCGAAUCUUUCACCUCAUGCUAAAGAUUUAAUUUAUAAACUUAUUUCAGAUUAAAAAGAAAGGUUGGGACUUCAUGGAGUUUAAGAAGUAUGUGCUCAUCCAUUUUUUAGAGGCGUAGAAUGGAAAAAAUUAAGGUAAAAAUAAGCUGUUUAUUUGCCAGAUGUUAAUAAUGAUAUUGAUGUUUAAAAUUUUGAUAAAUUUGAUGAAGAAGAGCCUUGGAUUUAGCCAGAAAAUAAUAAGAAAAUAGACAAAAAUAGAAAAAAUAUAAACUUUAUAGGAUAUACAUAUAAAUAAAAUCUUGAAAAUACAAAAACUCCAAUUUAAGUUAUUUUAGAUGAUUUUAACAAUUUUGAAAAAUAAAUUAUUCCAGCAAAUUUUAUUAAAAGUUAAUCUCCUUAACCUUAAAAAACGAUUUUUUAACAAGAAACUCCUUAAUAUUAAUAAUAAAUUCCUAACUAUAGUUAUUCAAAUUUAAAUAAUAAAUUAUUUAAACCAAUUUAAAGUAAUUUAUUAUAAUAAAAUUUACAAAAAUCUAUCAUAGAUAAAUAAAAUAAUAAUAAUAUUAAUGAUAUUAAUAAUAACAAUAAUAACAAUAAUAAUAAUAACAAUAAUAAUAAUAAUAAUAAUUAUAAUAAUUAUAAUAAUAAUAAUUAUGACAAUUUUCAAAUAAAUAAAUAAAAUUACAUUAUAUAAUUAUAAUAAUAAUAAGCUUUAAUUUAAAAACCAAUAAAUGUAUCAUAAAAAUAAGGAGAAGGCUUUUUAAAAAAUAGAAGUCCUCUUUAAUAGUAAUAAAAACCUUAGUAAUAAUUUUCUUUUAAUUAUUUAAAACCUUAAUAAUAAAUACUUUAAUCUGAUUAGGAUUUUAAAAAGUAAAUUCCUUUGUACUUGGCUACUAUGGCUAAUAUAAAAAAUAAUAAUUCUUAAUUUAAUUAAUAAAUUUAGAUUAAUCCUGGAUAAAAUAAUAAAUAAUCUUAGCUGAAAUUUUAAUAAGGAAAUUUAAAAGGAUAAUAUAAUAAUGAUUUGAACUUUCAAACUUUCAAUAAUUUUGGAAAUAAUAGGUCUCCGGGUCAAAUUUAAAAUAAUAAUGUUGGUAAUAAUUCUAAUGUUAGUAAUCUUAAUAAAAAAUUUUCACCAAGAAUUCAAAAUAAUAUUGGAUUAAAUUAUUUGCAAAAAAAUUGA